CAAAGAAACACCCACAUUCCCAUCUAUACACGUCAGAAAUAUGGACACGCCCAUGUUUUUUCUAUAAAUGCAAUCAGAGAUAUGACUUCUGUGAUCUGUGGUGUGACCCUAAUGCUAUAUUCAGCUGAGUCACGAGUGUGCAGGUGUGUGGGGACUAUUUUCAGCAGUGGUUGGGUUGGGUGAAGGACAGGGUCACCGGAGAGAGACGGAGAGUGUACGUGUGUGUGGGUGUGUGUUUGCAGACUUGCGUGUGUUUUCUGACUGAGGAGCACCUCUCUGUGGCCAAGCCAUGCAGGUGCAGGAUCUGAUUUGGCAGUUCCGGGUGCCUGAAUUGGGUGACUUCAGGCAAUAUGUGCGUAGUUUGCCCACCAACACGCUGAUGGGCAUGGGUGCGUUCGCCGCCAUCACCACCUAUUGGUACGCCACCAGACCACGAGCCCUGAAGCCCCCCUGCGACCUCACCAUGCAGUCUGUGGAGGUGGAGGGUGAGGAAUACGUUCGCCGUUCCAUCCUCCUGGACAGCGACAGGUUGAUGACACACUUCUAUGAUGAUGCACGCACCAUGUACGAGGUGUUUCUGCGUGGAAUCAGAGUGUCCAAUAACGGCCCUUGUUUAGGAUCGAGAAAACCUAAGCAGCCAUAUGAAUGGCUUUCGUACAAAGAGGUUGCAGACAGGGCCGAGAUGAUUGGCUCAGCAUUGCUCCACAGAGGUCACAGUAAAGCAGGAGACAAAUACAUCGGUAUCUUCUCCCAGAACAGACCUGAGUGGACUAUAUCUGAGCUGGCCUGCUACACGUACUCACUGGUGGCUGUUCCACUGUAUGACACACUGGGCACUGAGGCCAUCAGCUACAUCAUAGACCAAGCUGAGAUCUCGACGGUGAUCUGUGACGUGGUGGAGAAGGUGUGCACAGUGCUGGAGUGUGUGUCAGGUCGAGAGCACAGCGUCAAGACCAUUGUACUGAUGGAGGAGAAGAACAGUGAGCUCAAUACACGAGCAGAAAAGGAGGGCAUCCAGAUUAUCAGCCUGAGGGAACUGGAGGCUCUCGGCAAAGCCUAUCACAGACGCCCUGUGCCUCCUUCACCUGAAGACCUCGCGCUGAUCUGCUUCACCAGCGGAACUACAGGGAAUCCGAAGGGCGCGAUGCUCACACACGGCAACGUCAUCUCCAACUGCGCCGCCUUCAUCCGCAUCACCCAGAUACACUGCAUGCUCAACCACACCGAUAUCCACGUAUCUUACCUUCCCCUCGCUCACAUGUUCGAGAGGGUGGUCGAGAGUGUGAUCCUGGUGCACGGAGCGAGGAUCGGUUACUUUCAGGGUGACAUCCGUAUGCUGAUGGACGAUCUGAAGACUCUCAAACCCACCGUGUUCCCCGUCGUACCCCGACUCCUCAACCGCAUGUUCGACAAGAUCUUUGGGCAGGCGAACACUCCGCUGAAGCGCUGGCUGCUCGACUUCGCCACCAGGAGGAAAGAGUCGGAGCUGCGCAGCGGCAUCGUGAGGAAGGACAGCAUGUGGGACAAACUCAUCUUCAACAAAGUCCAGGUGAGUCUGGGUGGACGUGUGAGGCUGAUGAUCACCGGCGCCGCUCCCGUUUCCCCCACCGUGCUGACGUUCCUGCGGGCUGCUCUCGGCUGCCAGUUUUAUGAAGGUUAUGGACAGACAGAAUGUACUGCAGGAUGCUCCAUGUCUCUGCCAGGAGACUGGACGGCAGGUCACGUGGGUCCUCCUUUACCCUGUAAUUAUGUUAAACUGCUGGAUGUGGCAGAGAUGAGCUACUACGCAGCCAAUGGGGAGGGGGAGGUGUGUGUGAAAGGACCAAACGUGUUCCACGGCUACCUGAAAGAUCCAGAGAAGACGGCAGAGGCCAUCGAUAUAGAUGGCUGGCUGCACACGGGUGAUAUCGGCAAAUGGCUUCCGAACGGCACGCUGAAGAUCAUAGACAGGAAGAAGCACAUCUUUAAACUGGCUCAGGGAGAGUACAUCGCUCCUGAGAAGAUCGAGAACAUCUACAUCCACAGCGACCCCGUGGCUCAGGUCUUCGUUCAUGGAGACAGUCUGCAGGCGUGUUUAGUCGGCAUUGUGGUACCAGACCCUGACAUCCUCCCAGGCUGGGCCAAGAAAAGAGGCCUUGUGGGCUCCUACCACGAGCUGUGCAAGAGCAAGGAAGUGAAAAAUGCCAUUCUAGAGGACCUCAUGCGGUUGGGGAAAGAGGGCGGCCUGAAGUCCUUCGAGCAGGUGAGAGACAUCGCCCUCAACCCUGAGAUGUUCUCCGUGAAGAACGGCCUCCUCACACCCACCCUGAAGGCCAAGAGAACUGAGCUGAGGAGCCACUUCAAAGAACAAAUCAAUCAGCUCUACGCCACGAUCAAGAUGUAAGCACAAACAGAGAUGGAGGGAAAAGAAGGUGGAGAAAGCCAGAGAGGGAGCAGACUGUGAUGAGCUCUCUAACACACAUCCUCUCUCUGUCAAUAAAGUGCAGUUAUGAUGAGGUCCACUUGGUGGCGCUGAACGUGAGCUUUUUUGCCUAAACAUAAUUAGGUAACCAAUGUGAUUUAUUCAAUGCCUUCAGGCCAGUAAAUGCCUUCUGUCAAUACCAGUCAUAAUUAUAGGAACAGUUUAGGAACAAAAAUGUUAUAAAAAUAUGUAGGCGAUCAUCCAAGACAUGUUUGGUGUCUGAUAUUUGUUUUUUCAGAUGUGUACUGGAGCUACAAGGCUAAUCGCCUCCCGUUUAGCAGAGUAUAAACCAAACAUGUCUUGACUGAUCAACUUGAGAUGUCCGAGGUGAAUUUUUUUGUCCAAACUGUUCCUUUAAAUGGUUACUGUACUAAUAUUGAUAUUCAAAUGAAAUGACCUCUGUUCAGUCUAUCAGAUUGCAAUGUUUUCACUCUGCACUGUGACAGAGUUGUCUUCUGCUGCUGACUAAUAGGGUUUCCUUUCUGAAAUUUAAGUAAUGAUGUAAUUUUAAAAAAAAAAAAAAUCUUUGGUUGUUGCUAGCUUCCUUACGCUGGUUUCUGUCGCUACUCAUUUGUUCUCCGCUGUCUCUUUCUCUGUGCCAUGUGCAUUUGUAUAUUAAUUAUUUCUGUUUAGUGUCAGUGUUUAAAGUUAGAUUACAUUUCUCGCAUUGAAGCAAUUCCUUUUACGAAUUUCUACGAAUAGUUUAUAGGUUGUAACCUUACAAAUCACUUGGCAUGCUUUAAAUGAAGAACAAAACACUCUCUAUCAUGCUGUUACAGGAAAAUAAUCAAAGAUGUUAUGAGGUUAUGGUUACCACCCUGAAGUUGAUUAUUUUCCUAUAACAGCAUGUCCCAGAGUGUUUUAUUCCUUUUAUACCAGAGCAAUUUGUCACUUAUUAUUUAAUGACAAUGUACUUUUUACUCAUUUAUAGUUAAAUUUGAUGUUGUGCAGCAGCCAUUAAACUAGUUACUUCCUGUUCUCACUUAUGUUAUAGCAGCUAUCAACAGUCAUUCCCUCAUUUAUUUUCUCUCUCGUAGUUAAUAAGACAAAAACAAGCAGCUUGUCAUGUUACAGAGAAACCACAAUAAGCACAACCUCCUGAAGACACUGGAGUUAAAUAAACAUCUCCUCAAAAAAAAAAAAAAAAAACUUCACCACAUCAAUGAUUUCACGUGUGUUUUAAUGGUUUAAUGCAGUGCGCCUGCCGUACAAGUCCCUGUGAAUGAGCCGUUGCUAUAGAAAGGUAUCAGAACGAGCGCAUUAAUAUAAACCUGUGAUUCGCAGCUGCACUACUGUCAGAGCUGCUGUUCUAGAAAAUUAAUCAACAGCACUGUGGUACUAAAAAAUGAAAUGUUCCUUUAAACACUUGCGUCCCAUUUAUCAUGCUGCAGUGAACAGCUAAGCAGCGCAAACCGUUUUUACUCUUGUGUCUUAAAUUAAGUAUAAGAGUAUGUAUAUGAGUAUAUAUUGGUUGACUUAAAAAAAAAAAAAAGUAUUUCUAAAGUUUAAACUAAACCACUGCCACUCCUGUUCUACAAUAUUCUGUACAGAUUUAUUUAUGUUUUAAAUAUAUAUAUUUUGUGUAUAAUUAUUGCAGUACUGAAUGUAAUUUGUUGUGUUUGGGUGAAAUAAAUGGAUGUAUCAGUGUGA